CUUGAGAGCUGGGGUGACUAUCAGAGGAAAGAGGAUGGCCAGACAGGAAAGCUAGAAAUGACCUUCUUCCCCAUCUAGGGCAAAGAGGGACGUAGCCAGACACCCCUUCUUCUUUUCAUGCAUCAAAGUUAACUUAGUCCAGGAAGGCUAACAACACAGUGGCUCUGUUUUCUAACCCAAGAAUUAGGGCACAGUGUCUGACAGCAUUACUAAACAGGCUGCGUGAACUCGAGACUCUCUCAGGAAGUUCAGGGUGAGUGGCCAUGGUUGCAGCAGGACCCAGAAACGGGAGCCAAGAGUCGGUUCUGUUCUGCUGGCGAUAACGCAUCUCUUAGAGGAGAGUGUGGAGGCAUCUUGGUAACAGCACUAUCAAGGGUCCUUCCUUAGAUGUCUCCUGAGCAUCUCCUGAGUAUCAGAGACCCAUCUGCAGGAGAGUAUCCAAACCCCAGGCUCUCAUACCUGUCCGCCCUUGCAGGUUAUGGAACCCCAUACACUGGAAAGCCUAGGAAAAUGGGACUCUCUCUUUCCCUGCUUUUCUCUGUCCCAUAAUGUGGGGUUUCCCCUCCAGUCUUAUCUCCUCUUUACUUGUGCCCUAUGAACACCCAAAAGAGGCCAGGGAACCCCUGCAAGGAGAUGGUCUUUUCUAUAGGUGCGGGGCCAUCCUGUGUGUAAAUAGCAGAUGGCUGAUUGUGUCACAUGCCUCUGAGCAGUUAGGGAGGCAGACAGGAGAAGGUGCUGUGAGGAAGUGCAAUGUCACAUGCAGCUUCACAGGAAGCUGGCCAGAAUAUAGCUGAGGACCGCCGCCGCUGUGCUCAGUCGCUGUUCUCAGCGGAUUAAAGCAACACAGAUUUACCUUCAAGACUGCUGAAAUUUUAACUACCCAAGAUGCCUGUCCCUCCCCCACCAGCACCCCCACCGCCACCAACAUUUGCACUCGCUAACACUGAGAAGCCCACCUUGAACAAGACAGAGCAGGCUGGGAGGAAUGCUCUUCUCUCUGACAUCAGCAAAGGGAAGAAGCUAAAGAAGACGGUCACCAAUGACAGAAGUGCCCCAAUAUUGGACAAACCAAAGGGAGCCGGCGCCAGUGCUGGUGGCUAUGGUGGAGGCGGCGGAGGUGGUGGUGGAGGAGGAGGAGGAGGAGGAGGCAGCGGUGGAAAUUUUGGAGGGGGUGGUCCUCCAGGACUGGGAGGACUAUUCCAGGCUGGAAUGCCGAAGCUGAGGUCCACCGCCAACAGGGAUAAUGAUUCUGGAGGAAGCCGACCACCGAUUUUGCCACCGGGAGGAAGAGCCACAUCUGCCAAGCCCUUUUCACCCCCGAGUGGCCCGGGGAGGUUUCCCGCACCCUCCCCAGGCCACAGGAGUGGGCCCCCAGAGCCACCCAGGAACAGAAUGCCUCCCCCGAGGCCUGACGUGGGCUCAAAACCAGAUAGCCUUCCCCCUCCGGUACCAAAUACGCCAAGACCUGUUCCGUCGAGUCUGCACAACCGGGGAUCCCCAGCAGGGCUGGGAGCCCCCAGGCCCCCCUUUCCCGGGAACCGAGGUGCUGCUUUUGGAGCAGGCUCUGCGCGCCAGAACCCCUCCGGCUCCUCCUCUCCGUUUCCUAGGCCCCCUUUGCCCCCCACCCCAAGCCGAGCCUUGGAUGACAAGCCCCCUCCACCACCUCCUCCCGUGGGCAACAGGCCCUCCAUGCACAGAGAAGCGGUGCCCCCUCCCCCCUCACAGACCAGCAAACCUCCAGUGCCUUCCACCCCGCGGCCUGGGUUGGGUUCGCAGGCACCACCUCCUCCUCCACCGCCCAGCCGGCCAGGGCCCCCUCCUCUGCCUCCAGCUUCCAACGACGAGAUCCCCAGGCUGCCACAGCGGAACCUGUCCCUCACGUCCUCUGCACCUCCAUUGCCUUCACCUGGACGCUCAGGGCCUCUCCCUCCCCCACCCAGCGAGAGGCCCCCUCCUCCUGUAAGGGAUCCACCAGGCAGAUCAGGCCCCCUCCCACCACCACCUCCAAUAAACAGAAAUGGAAGCACAGCUCGGGCCCUGCCUGCCACCCCUCAGUUGCCAUCCAGGAGUGGAAUGGACAGUCCCAGAAGUGGGCCUAGGCCUCCUCUUCCUCCUGACAGGCCUGGUGCUGGGGCGCCGCCCCCACCCCCACCCUCCACAUCAGUUCGAAAUGGCUUCCAAGACUCAUCGUGUGAAGAUGAGUGGGAAAGCAGAUUCUACUUCCAUCCGAUUUCUGACUUGCCGCCUCCAGAGCCAUACGUACCGACAACCAAGACGUAUCCCAGCAAACUGGCCAGAAACGAAAGCCGAAGUGGAUCCAACAGAAGAGAAAGGGGCGCCCCACCCCUUCCUCCCAUCCCGAGGUGAUCUCUGCCUGCUCCGUUCUACCCAAGCUCCAAAGCUGCUUCUGUUGUUGCUGUUUGAAAACUGCACACCCCUCCUCUCGAUUUGCCACGCCCCCCCCAGAGAGAGUAGGAGGGAGGAACGGAAGCUGAGGAGGGGAUCCCUGCGUGUGGGGGUGGGGAUCGGGGAAAGAAGCGCCUAGCUGUUUAUGUUGUAUAUAUUCCUGAGCUAUUGCUUGUAUCAGCUGCAGCCUGCCAGGGUCAGACAUCCACUGCUUUUUUGCAACAGACUGUAGUUGUUAAAUCCCCUGAGAGCUGGUUUUCUCUAUGCCUUUCUUGCUCACAUGGCCUCUGGCCUGUUUCCACGAACCACACCGCCCAAGCGAGUUGCGAGCAAGCCCUGUGGUUACAGAACGUCCGAUCUUCGGCUGUCUGAGGAAGGCUCCAGGACAGAGCUGUCUUAAAAGAAACAUAAUGUGAGCCCCAUACCCUGUCUGAAAAUGACUAGCAGCUAUGUUUUAUAAAGGUAGAAGGAAACAGAUGAAAAGAAUUGCAUUUUACUCAGCACUGUGCAUCUGAAAUAUCACUUCGACUUGUAUUAUUAAUGAGCUAUUUACAUUUUUGGUACUAAGUCCUCACACUCGAGUAACCAUUCUGUACUUGGAACAAGCACACUGCCAGAUUUCAAGUGUCCACACCGGCCUCAGCACCACACUGUCAGACGGUCUGGAAGACAGGAGUUAGGACAGCUUGUGCCUAAAAAGGCAAAUUGAGUUUUAGCAAUUCAGGAGAUGUCCCAAGACGGAGUCAGAACUUGAUACAAUGUUUGGCAGGCAGUGAGACCUUAGAUUUUUGACCCUUAUUCUGCCUUUGUCCUUAAUAUGUAUGUCCAGGUGUUUCUUCAAAGUAUCUUAGUGAGAAAUGUAUCUAGUAGAGUUUACAGUCCCGUUUACAGUGGAUUGCAAACUCCACUGCAAGAAAACAAAACUGUGUGGGUACUCCCUGGCUUAGAACCAGCUGGCUUGUGCACUGCUGGUCACUGGCCUUGCGCAUCUUCUGUGGCUCUUCAGUCCUCCACCCCAGAGAAAACUCCUUCCUCAGGUCAGGAAAGGCUAGUAGGGCAAGAUAGGAGAAGAAAGUCAGAGAAUGUAUCAGAACUAUGGGAGAAGAGGAUAGCGUUGAUGAUGGGCAGAGCUCUACACAACCGACUGGGGUCAAGUAGAUUAAGGAGCUUACCAGUGGAACCUAGAAAGCAUUGGUGUUGAAUUUCUUGGGAGAAUCAUUGUCUUGGAUCUGUGCAAGUAAGUUCCACUAAAGGAUGGAUCACAAAAAGGGCCAGGCUUGCCUUUUUUAUAUAUAUGACUUUGUUUACAACAUUUUACUGGGACUUUCAAACCUAGCUGUAGAGUUGGAAAAAGAUUUCCAUUUUGAUGUUUUAUAUAAUCAUGUUUAAUGUUACCAUUGUCUAUUAAAGCACAUGGCCACAUAUGUGUACCUACCUGAACUUUGUAUUUUGGGUCCAGCGUAUUGCUCACAUGUUGCUGUCACAUGUUGCUGAAAGAUGCUAAUAAAAAAAAAUCAAUCCAAAGAAAAAUGGAAAGACAUUCCUAUUUAUAGAAUGAUUGUUUCGUUUAUAUAAAAGCAUAACUUAGGAGUUCUAAUAGAUGAAAAGUCUAAUAAAUUAUAAAGUGAUUGAUUUGAAUAUAUUGUAUUUUUAUAACUUUCCUUGCCAAAGCCCAGACCUAGUUCUUUAGAGAGUAGUUUUCCUCCCUUCUCCUCCACCAUUUGUCGGUCUUCCAUGAGAACAAAGAAAUAAAAGGGUUAACAAGCUUGACAAUUUUUUUAUUCCUAACAUUUUAAAAUGUAUUUCGAAUUCUUUGAUCUGAUAUUCACUAGGAUAAACAUCCUUUUCAUAGACGCUCAAUGACCUACUUUACUGAAAGUCGAAUUGGUCCUUCCUUGUGCUGUGUAUGGAAGAGAAAGGUUGGACUCAAAGAUUGUGGGUCUCAGUUUUUUAAGGGAUAGUGAAAAUUGGACAAGUUCUGGUAAAUAAAUCUCAGUUUUCAGGUACAUUUCUAAGUCAGGGACGGGUCACAGCUCAAAGUUGCCAUUCAUAAUAAAGAAGGUUUAGAAUGCAUUUUGCAAAGAAUGUUUCAUUAAUACACCUACAUCCUAUCUUUGGAAGUCAGUGACCCAAUUGCAUUUAAAACUCUUGAGAAGUUCUGGGUUUAGCUUAACCUAUGGUAAAUCAUUUAAAAAAAAAAAGUCUAUUUUCUUCCCUGAAAUCAAAGCUUACAUGUAUGUUUUUCCAUAAUAUUUCCAGUUAUGUGUAUUUAAGAUGCAAUGCAGUAUUUUAACAUUUGCAAAUCAUUUUAUAUGGAAAUAUAUUGCAGUAUUAAAAUUCAGUGUUCUGUGUCUAUUUCACUAUGCAUUUUAUUUACUGAAAGCUGAGAAAAUAUUUAACCCAAUGGUGCCUUACUGGUGAUCUGAAAAGAAUUGACUUGUUAUGUCUAAGUAGUGGAUUUGUUGCAUAUUUGUAAAAACUGUUAGGCCUUUAUAUUUUAACUUGUAAUAUCGAUUUUGUUAUUUUAGUACCAGAAACAGGGUGAUUAUUGAAGUCUCCUCAAACUUUUGGUAUGAAAUUUAACUUUCCCUGUUCAUAGGCAGGAGCUGUAGAGGAAUUUUUUCAUACCACUGCACUGUGUAAACAGACACAGACAUCUGUGUCAUCAGGGUAGUUAAAUGGUAGGGUAGAAUCUACCAUAGACACCUGCAUGUUUGUAAAUUAUCCAGACAAUGAAUAAAAAGCAGAAUGAUACAGUGUC